AGCUCUCUCUCUUUUUAUUCUCUGCGUACGCGGACUUCUCUCACCUGAAAUCACAUCAGAAAAUCCACGCGAAAACACCAAAGACUCUCUCUCUCUGUCUCUCUCUCUCCAUGGCUGACGCGAAGCCUGAACGGAGCGCUCCUUCAACGUCAGAUGAUGGUUCGAAUGAGCCUCACGCGAUUCAAAGAGCAAAGGAAGAUGACAAAUCGCCCCAUCAUCACAAAGAAACGCACGGAAUGCGCAAGGACAUUGACGAGAACACCCCAUUGAGCGAUGUCAAAGCACCUAAUGUAUUUGAACGAGCGAAGGAAGAGAUCGAGGCUCUCGUUCAAACUAUUCAUUUAAAGAAAGAGUCUCCCACUCGUGAAAAAAGGGACCAGACACUGCAGACAGAGUCCGGUGGUAGUGGUUCUCCCUCAGCAGAAAAUGAUGGCAAAGGACCCAAUUUCAUCCAGAAAGCGAAGCAAGAGAUCGAAGGAAUUAUGCAUUUUAAAAAGUCACCCCGCCAUCAUGGCAAGGAAACUCACGGCUUGAAUGAGGACAUCGAUGAGAACACCCCAAUAGGCGAGGUUAGAGCUCCAAAUGUCUUCGAACGAGCAAAAGAAGAAAUUGAUGCCGUUGUACAGGCCAUCCAUCUAAAGAAAGAACCGAGCAAUGACGUCGUGAAGUCACCGAAGAAAGAACACGGAUUCAGGUACUCCAUCGGAAAAGGUUUGGAGAAGGUGUGCUCUCCGUUGGGUCAUAAACGAGACUAGAUGUCAAGCUUCGGCAAAACCCUGACGAGUCUUCAUUGUUUAAUUGUCCUUACGGGAGCGAAAGAAAGGAAAAGCCACAACAAUGUGAGCAAAUAUGUCAUAGAUGACCACAUUCACUUACAUGGCCCCACUGAGGAUGACAAUUUCUGUUGCAUGUAAUCUACUGGUUUGUUUUUUUGAACUUAAAGGUGCACAUAAGUUGAUGCUUUUGUUACUCGUCCCGCUAAGCUGUCAGAUCUAAGAAGAGGUAGAUUGAACUUGUCACUCUCUCAGGACUGCUCUUCCAUGACUCCUGCUUCUGAUGAAUUGGGCUUUACUGAGUUAUAUUAUGCAGAGUUCUGUU